CAACACGUUUCUUUAAUAACUACACUAGAGCAUCACCACGCGCUACACCGCUCAUUGGUCUGUCCCCCUACGACUACGAAUUCCUCCUCGGAUCCGGAAAACGAUGAUGACCUAAGACACCCUCUUACUGCGUUCUUUCACUCCUCGACAGCUGCUCGCAUGGCCUCGUCCGCCGCGCGCGAUGGCUCCCCUGCACGCGGGAGGUCCACAAGCCCACGACCAAUACCACACAGCGAAGACGAAGGGAGCCUCCUAGACACCCUACCUGAUACACGCCAUCUGCAAGCAUUUGGCAAAAAAGUGUCUGCUACCGCCGGGAGCUUGAUAGGCGCCGAUGGAGUGACACAACACUACCAAAACGCCUUGGGAGAGCUUCACCGCGAACUGCGGCGUCCGAUGCUGCAACGGUCCGUCUUCUCUUUCGCCCAGACGACGCCCCGCGAGAUUGUGCGUUCGCGCAUCUCUGUCCCCGAAAUCCAACAGCGCGCCCUCUCCUACAUUCCAAACGACUUCCUCGCAAAUAUACCCGAAGACAACAACGAGUUCUCGCUAUUCCAGGGCUUCCAAGCGUCGCUGCCAGACGCACCCAGUGGUCAUGGCAAGAAGCAUGGCAGGCACAAUGCACGGGGCCAGAGGCUGAUAGGCGGUGGCGAGGAUGAAGAAGACGACAAGAACGUCCCACCGUCGAUGCAGAAGCUACGGAAUCAGAAGCACAGCAUGAGCCACCGCUUAGACAUGAUGGGCGUGCGAAAACACAUGUGUGUGGCGGAAAUCCAUGAAAUCGACAACAAGAUUGCGAACCUGAACACGAUGCGCAAAAUGGUACUAGAUCGCCUAGCAGGACUAGAGUACGAAGAGGUGGAGCUGGAGCAGGAUCUACUGGGUGUAGACAACCGAAUUGAAGAUCUGCAGGAGGAGCUGGAGGAUGCAGCGGCGUUGGCUCCAAAGUCGCCAGACUCGUCCACGGCCGCAGAUCAAGAUGAGGGCAAGGAUGACUUUAUGUCCGAGUCGAUAUAUCAGAAAAUCUCCUCCCCCAAAUCGAAGAACAAGACACGGAGACCGACACAUCGCAUAUCGAUGCCGAUACUUCACGAGCAUUUAGAGGCAGGGUCUAAGAUCAGGGAGUUGCCAGCGCACACGGACGCAAUUACCGCUCUGGACUUUGAUGCCCCAUGGGGCACACUGGUCACUGCGUCAUUGGAUGAUUCUGUUAGAGUAUGGGACUUGAACGCUGGUCGCUGCAUAGGAAUGCUAGAGGGCCAUCUGUCGUCGGUGCGCUGCUUGCAGGUGGAAGAGAACAUUGUCGCGACUGGCUCGAUAGACGCAUCUAUACGCCUGUGGGAUCUAAGUAAGGCUGAAUAUGCGCCUAUGGAUAACCGGAUAAACAAGCAGGAUGAAGAGGAUGAUGAAGAAGACGAUGGCCUCGCCUUUGAGAAUUCGGCUGAUGCACCUCCUGCGCCUCCACCCACCAUCAUGCAAGACUGCCCUCUGUUCUCUCUCGCAUCGCACGUUGAUGAAGUAACUGCACUGCACUUCCGCGGCGACACUUUGGUGUCCGGCUCUGCCGACAAGACACUACGACAAUGGGACUUGGUCAAAGGACGAUGCGUGCAGACGCUCGACGUUCUCUGGGCGGCAGCGCAAGCAACGGCCACAAGCACAACUAAUAGCACCUGGCGGCAGACGGGACGCGCCACAGACCCCGCCGCCGACUUUGUGGGAGCUGUACAGGUCUUCGAUGCCGCGCUGGCAUGUGGCACUGCAGACGGAAUGGUUCGAUUAUGGGAUCUGCGAAGCGGGCAGGUGCAUCGCAGCUUGGUUGGUCAUACAGGUCCAGUCACGGCUCUACAGUUCGACGAUGUCCACUUGGUUACUGGCAGCCUGGACAGGAGCAUACGGAUAUGGGAUCUCCGUACAGGGGCCAUCCACGACGCCUACGCCUACGACCACGCCGUCACGGGCAUGAUGUUUGAUGCACGCCGCAUUGUGUCGGCAGCAGGCGAAGAUGUAGUCAAAGUGUACGACAAGACGGAUGGCCGGCACUGGAAUUGUGGCCCUGGAGUUGGUGUGGACGAAUCGGAUGCUGAGACACACUCUGUCAUUGAGCGUGUACGGAUAAAGGACGGCUACCUGGUCGAAGGGCGCAAGGACGGUACCGUUGGAGUGUGGUCUUGCUGAAGUCGCCGCAGUGGAGGUGCGAAGAUCUGUACAUAUUGUAUACAGUAGUCGGACCGGGUUCACAGCACAUCGCUUUGUCCCACUACGAAUGCAUUCACGAUGUCACGGUAACAUAAAUUUUGUGAAAACGAAAUUCAAGUUGACACUAUGCCAUAUGGGAGUGUGCGGAUGUAGGUGUAAGCCUCUUAGCACAAGUUUUGCUAGGG